UGGGGAAGCUCUUGGAAGGCGAGGAUUUCUUCUGGACUUCAGGGAGAAAUGAUGAAACCAAAGGGAAAAAUUCAAAGCAGGUUAAUGAAUUCAUUCCGGUAUUCCUGAAUUCGAAGCAGAGUCUCAUCCUCCCGCCUCUGUUUGCCGAACCAGCACUAAGCAGGAUUCCCCAAGCUGCUUCAUCACUCCCUGCUAUUCUGGGUCCAGGACGUUCUCCGGCCUCACGCCGGACUCCGGGUUCCCCUCUCUGGCUGAGCUGUUCUUUGCCAGCCACUCGGAGAGAUCGACUCCUCGCGCGGCAGGCAGCACCCCCCGCUCUCACACUCGUCCCGGACUGCGGCGUGGGGAAGGGGUAGGGGACCCACUAACUCGCGGAAAACUUCCUCUGGGGAAGUAACUGGGGUUUUCCGGCUUCCCCCAGCCCUCCCGCGCUGGGCCACACGGCGAUCGUUAAAGCGGUGCGGCGACUAGUGCAGGUUCUGAGCUGCAGAGACCCGGGGCGCCCCACUGCAAAGCUUCCCCGGCAAGGACCGGCGCCCUCUGCCACCGAAUGCGCCCAGGACGCGGCCGCCGCCGGCCCGGGGCUGCUGGCGGGGCACCGUCAGUGCAGGCUGACUUUGCGCCACGAUGCUUUGUUUUCCUGCCGCAGGAACCCGAGGCGGUCUCUAUCCGCCAGACUUAACCCGCCCGCAGCAAUAGCCAUGGAACUUGCGGCUGCACGGAGGGAGAGAGAACCGCUUGGCGCGGCAUCUUUUUUGGAUGUUUUUUCUCAACACAGUCCACUUCUUUCCUCGUUCUUGGGUGGCCGUUCCGGCAGCAGCGCCCCCCGUGGGCCAGCCCAAGGGUGCCACUAACGGGCCCUACGCCACCCCACGCCUCUCCAUCUCCUCCCGAGCCACGGUGGUAGCCAGGAUGGAAGGCGCCUCCCAGGGGGGCCUGCAGACCGUCAUGAAGUGGAAAACCGUCGUCGCGAUCUUCGUGGUUGUGGUGGUCUACCUUGUCACCGGCGGUCUGGUCUUCCGGGCCUUGGAGCAGCCCUUCGAGAGCAGCCAGAAGAACACCAUUGCCUUGGAGAAGGCGGAAUUCCUGCGGGAUCAUAUCUGCGUGAGCCCCCAGGAGCUGGAGACGCUGAUCCAGCAUGCCCUUGACGCUGACAACGCAGGAGUAAGUCCAAUAGGAAACUCUUCCAACAACAGCAGUCACUGGGACCUUGGAAGUGCCUUUUUCUUUGCUGGGACUGUCAUCACCACCAUAGGGUAUGGGAAUAUUGCUCCAAGCACUGAAGGAGGCAAAAUCUUUUGUAUUUUAUAUGCCAUCUUUGGAAUUCCGCUCUUUGGUUUCUUAUUGGCUGGAAUUGGAGACCAACUUGGAACCAUCUUUGGGAAGAGCAUUGCAAGAGUGGAGAAGGUCUUUCGAAAAAAGCAAGUGAGCCAGACCAAGAUCCGGGUCAUCUCCACCAUCCUGUUCAUCUUGGCCGGCUGCAUUGUAUUUGUGACGAUCCCUGCUGUCAUUUUCAAAUAUAUCGAGGGAUGGACCGCCUUGGAGUCCAUUUACUUUGUCGUGGUCACCCUCACCACGGUGGGCUUUGGUGAUUUUGUGGCAGGGGGAAAUGCUGGCAUCAAUUACCGGGAGUGGUACAAGCCCCUGGUGUGGUUUUGGAUCCUGGUUGGCCUUGCCUACUUUGCAGCUGUCCUCAGUAUGAUCGGAGAUUGGCUACGGGUUCUAUCCAAAAAGACAAAAGAAGAGGUUGGUGAAAUCAAGGCCCACGCGGCCGAGUGGAAGGCCAACGUGACGGCCGAGUUCCGGGAGACGCGGCGGCGGCUCAGCGUGGAGAUCCACGACAAGCUGCAGCGGGCAGCCACCAUCCGCAGCAUGGAGCGCCGGCGCCUGGGCCUGGACCAGAGGGCCCACUCGCUGGACAUGCUGUCCCCGGAGAAGCGCUCCGUCUUCGCCGCCCUGGACACGGGCCGCUUCAAGGCCUCGUCCCAGGAGAGCAUCAACAACCGGCCCAACAACCUGCGUCUCAAGGGCUCCGAGCAGCUGAACAAACACGGGCAGGGAGCCUCUGAGGACAACAUCAUCAACAAGUUCGGAUCCACCUCCAGGCUCACCAAGAGGAAAAACAAGGACCUCAAAAAGACCUUGCCCGAGGACGUUCACAAAAUCUACAAGACCUUCCGGAAUUACUCCCUGGACGAAGAGAAGAAGGAGGAGGAGACGGAGAAGAUGUGCAACUCGGACCACUCCAGCACGGCCAUGCUGACCGAGUGCAUCCAGCAGCAGGCGGGCGUGGAGAACGGAAUGGUCCCCACGGACACCAAAGACAGGGAACUCGAGAAUAACGCAUUACUUGAAGACAGAAACUAAAUGCUGAGGACCUUGGACUUGACCAAGCGUUGUGGUUUUUUUUUGUUUUUGUUUUUGUUUUAUAUUCACCCUGAGACACGUGCCUUAAAACAGACUUCUCGGUAGUCCGAAAUUACAUAGCAUUGAAGAAUAUAUUUCACUGUGCCAUAAAUGACGGAGAAAGAUCGCUCUGCCAAAAGGAAUCAAAGAACACAGGACCACACUUCCGUCAGGGGCCGCAGGACACGCCGGGAGUGUUUGCACACGCAGGAGGUCGUGGCCACGGAAGUUAAGGGCGGGUAUGGGACGGUGCUGUGCUCCCCUGAGCGGCGCCGCCCGGACCUGGCGUGGAGAAAGGGCAGCUAUUCCUCAGACCAGCCUUCUGAAAGGAACACGUGUGGCUUUUACACGGAGCCUUGUUUCCUGAACCUACCGUUAGAGAUAUGCACACACAGAGCAGGGGACCAAAUGGGGGCUGAACUAGUACCUGUAAUGAGGGGUCGAGGUGACAUUGUGGCAUGUUGCUCUGAGCUUGAGUUUUGAUACACAGCCUCAGCGCACAGCUAGUCUUUCCGAGCUCCAAGUGAAUGUCCGUGGGACCCGGGAGCAUGUGGAAUUUGUGAGAAACAGAUCAGAGCACACGUAUUAAAUGGUGCAAUUGCUUUCCUCAUUACAAAAGAAAAAAAAUCACAAAUGCAUCACACUGUGGAUACCACCUUAACCAAGGACAGAAGCCUAUUGAAUUUUGUCUCUCGACGAAUGAAGAAUGAACUUGCAAGCUUUGGCGAAAACUCAACCUCAUUCGCUGCAUGGUUAAUGGGCAAAAAUCAUGCAUUUUCCUCAGUGGGUGCAAUGGUGAAAAUAAACUGGUUUUGAAAUGUCCAUUUCACUUUUCUAGUGGAACUUUGGUUGUAACUUGUUUUGAUAAGAGGGGGGGAAAAAAAACCAAAACAAUUGCCUUGCAUGAUGCCAGUGGCUUGCUGUUCUGUCUAGCUGAUCCUAAAUUUUUGUAAAAAUAGACAUCCUGCAUGUCUGAGACAUACCAAGGAGGACCACGGCAUCAUUCCAUCUCAGGGCUUUUUGUCCCUUUGGGUGUCUUAAGGUAGACAUAGUGACGAGGUCCAAUCUUGCUAUCUCCAAACAAAAGAAAGAAUCCCCCAACCAACUCUUGUACAAGAAAAUUGAAUUGUUUUAAUUGCUUGCAGCUUAAGUGCCAUUAAUGCCAUUUUAAAACUAAUGCUUAAAAGAAGUAUUUACAACAUUCCACGUUUAUGUUUGGGUGUUCCUUAUUUUGAAGGCAUCACUUCUUUUCCUUACUUGUUUCUUUGUCUCGCACCUGCUGUUCACUAAAGUUGGAACACCAGGGUGAUUAAUGGUUUCAAUGCAAACAAUAGCAACGCGAUUGUUCCGUGAGGUUACAAUGGCCCUGGGAAGGAGAGUGGGGGAGGGGCCAGUCAUAGGUUUUGAAAAAAUUUUAAAUGGAUUUUUUGAAAUCAGAAAGGGCAAAGUGUGCUAGGCCUCACCAUCCUGUGUGUGCCUCAGCCCCUCGUGUAACUGGCUGACCAUGGGUGGUUCAGACUUAGCUCUUUGGCCCAUGUUCUUAAGCAUUUGGACCUGGCGACCCCCAGAAAGUUGCUGGUGAUGGGCUCCCCAAUCUCAGCGCCACCUCUUGGGGAGUUCACAUGACUAACACACGGAGGGGAUUGAUCAAAAGACCACAGGAUUAGUGGAGACUUCUGACUUCUGGGGAAAAUGAUACCCACCACAUCCUUGACCACUGGUACCAGGGCAGACCUCUUCCCGCCCACUUCCCAAAAUUGCACAGCUCUCCCUCGCCUGGAGCACAUGUAGCCCCGCCGGCCCCUCCCCCAACUUCUAGGCUCUAGUUAAAGUUCUGGCAUUGCUUUUGGGAAGGAGCCAAAUAAGAAUCAGCUUUCACGAGGCCCUUCCUGUCCAAGGUAGACUUGGGUUAAUGCCUCCACCGGGCUGAAGCUGUGGCUUACUGGUGACAUCCUGUGUCCAUAUGUUAAUAGACACGGAAACGACCUUUGCGCAGGUGUGGGCUCUGGCUCUCACUGUGAGAGCCCUUCCAGCCUGACAAAAUGUGUUUUUUGAUUGGUAGAUCUCUGGGACUUUCUCUAUUUCUCUGAUAAGUUAAAAGCUUCCUGAUUAAACUAUCCAUCCAUCUCAUGCAUUUGCGUUUCUGCCCUGUACUUCUCUGUAGCAGUGUGUUAAAAACUCUAGACACUAGAGUUUUUAGACAAAUCUGGCCAAGAGGCUUCCUUGUCAUUUAUCCAGUGGUUUCCAUGGCCCAGGCACUAGAUUAGGCACUUUAUGGGCGUUAGCUGACUGAAACCUCAUAGCAACACUCUACGGGAAGUGUUUGCAAACCCAUUACACAGAUGAGGGCACGGAGGCUCAGGGAAGCUGAGUAACUUACCCAACGGCACACAGCAAGAAGGUGGUAGAGCUCGUCUUCAAAGGCUGUCUGACCAAAGUCUGCUUUUGACUUUGCUGUAAUGUCCACGUCAUGUGCUCUUGUGUGUAUGUGUGUGUAUGUGUAUGUGUGUGUUUGUGUGUCUUUCUAGUUUCAUGGGCAGGGUGUACGGAGGUGGGGAAAUCUCUAUUACUAAGAGCGUACAAGGUCUUUGUGUAAUCAUGACCUAAAGGGUUACCCUUACAGAUACUUAUACAUUAUUUUGGUUUGGGUUUUGGGAAUGCUGUCUGUGGUGCCCUUUCUGUAUUGUUAAAAAAAUGCCCUUUGAAAGCACUCUUUUGCACUUUACUUGCUUACCUUGCAGGAACUCCGCUUAUAGCAGGAAUAAAACAAUUCAAAGCACGAAGCUGCACAUUCUACCAAAUGGAACAGGUGUUGGUAUGUGCGUAGACGCUUCCCCAAAGGGGUCAAAUCACAGUAGUACAGAGGGCUCAAAAACAGCCCUUGGCUGAGAGUGGGAAAAAACCCAGUACAACCUGUUCCCUGAAUACAGUGGGGCCCAAAGCCCUGGGGAAUGAAAUCCAAGAAGAGCCCUCCCUCUGUGGAGAGUGAGCCAUUAAAUAUGGGCAGUAUUGGGCAAACUAGAACAUACCCUCCAAAGUCUGAGAAGCUGAGAGGGAGUAAGAGCUUGGACUCCUCUUAGUGUGUACAGGCUAAGAUUUGGGGGAGGCGAGUCGUGAUGAAGUUGUGUGAGUGGUACCCUUUGAAGAUGGGACCGAACAGCACAUAGCAAAUAGCACAUACUGAAGCUGCUGCAGAUUCUAAACACUCAUCAGCGCCUCCCUGCCCCUCCAACCCGCGCUCCCUAUGCCGCCGUAAAGCUGGCUUCAGCGCCUUGAUUUUGCACAUGGGAAGAGCACGUGUUCAGUAUCUUCCGUGUCUUCAGUGGGUGGUGUCUUUUGCCUCACCUGGUAAUUGUGUCCUGAUUGUUUCUUCCCUAACAGAUCUGGAGGUUUGCUGGGGACAGUGGGGGGAUCAUUUGGAGAUGGUAGCUCCAUACCCAGUCCUAACUCAAUAGUGAAUUCUAGAAACUACCACCGUCGGGGGAGGGCCCUAAUGUGUGCGCGGGUAGGGAUGUCCCUGGCCUAUAGGUGAGGCCACUGGGACUCUUUGUCUGUGUUUCCCUGUCCCAGCCUGUGAGCGUGGACACCUCUGUCCUCGUGCUUCUCUGUUACCUCGUCAGGACAUCAAGGGAAUUCAACACAGAUAAUCAUCAAGGCCCCUUUAAUUCUGCAGUUCUCUGACCAAACCUCCCCUGGUCUACGAGUUUGUUAAAUUCAUUAAGAACGGUAUUAGCCGUGUUUGUGUAUACUGACACAUGGGCCACCUUAUUUUAGGCUAAGAGUCUCCUGCCCUUUGGGAUUUGUUUUCUGGGUAAUUGAUGGAGACCAGAUGUAUUUGGGAGCCUGGUGUCUGAAUUAGAAUCAUGCCCUGUGUAGGCUCACUCUAUAUACUUCCUUAUAGUAUCCUGUCACCUGGAGGACUCAGGCUACGCGGGCAUUUUUUGCAUGGUGUUAAGAUUGUUCAAAGAACUUCAAAGCUGUUGCUAUUUGCAGUCAAUUGUGAUAAAAGUUCCCUUUGAUUACUUCAUGAAUUCAUAUAAUAUAGACAGAUACCUGCCACACACACACACACACACACACACACACACACACACACACACGCUGGAAAUGGCUGCUUUGGGGUCUAAUGGGACCAUUCGAUGUUGAAAGUCCUAGUUGUGCUAGACAUUAGCAAACCACUCCCUUACCUCCCCCCGAGAGGAUGUCAUUUCCUGGCUGAGUCAAUGCUGCUUAUUUAUUUGUGUGCUUGGGUUUGGGGGAUUAGUGAGAAUGUGACCAGAAUUUGGGUGGGGCAGAUUUAUUCUCAUCAGAUUGGGUAAGAUUGUAGACCAUCCAAUGUAUACCAUGGUUUCCAAACCAUGGGAAAGGCACAGGAAAACACACAAAUGUGCAGAGAUUCUCUAAAGAAAUGAGGAAAAACUGGCUUGGCUUUUCCGGUCCUCUGCUUUCUGCAUCCUGCUCAGGUUUCAAGUGGAGGUUUAUUAUUUCUGUUACGAUGCAACUGUGUGCAAAGACCGCGGCUGUGUCAGCAGAGGGAGCUUUCAUGGGUAGAGUCUAAGAGCUCGAGAGCAACGGCCUUAAAAAAUAAAAAAUGGGAAACUCUCUGAAACAAAGGUGACUUUUGCAUUGCAGAUCCUGUUAAUUCUACUUAUGGAAACUUUGGAAUAGCAUGUUGAUGAUGUGGCUAGAAAUAAAACCCUGGCUGUCCUGGUGUGAUGAACCAGCAGCCAUCCAUGCAAACCUCACUCCUCCCAUGGCGGUCCCUAGGUCACAUGACAUUGGCACGGUGGCACUGAGGAGAACUAACAAGUGUCUUUGAUUUUACAGAAAGCGAUUAUCAUUUUCACAGGUGCCUAAGAGAUUUGAAAUCUACCUUCUGCUAUCGUUUUUUAAGUGAAAAAUCUCAAAUAGUUCCUUGUGCAUUAAAAACAGAACAAAACAAAACCAUCCUUGAGAGGACUCCGCUCCAUUGAUACGGCAGACUGGUGUUAGAGAGGGUGAUUGGAAAAACCUCUCCUUUGCCAUCAGGGCAUCGAGGUUGAAGCUUCGAAGAAGGUACAGUGGUGCCUAGAAGCGUUAUGCAAACCAACCCACAUGCCAGCCUCCAGCCUCUUCCCCUUCCCAGACUCCCAGGCAGGGGCCCCAGCAACGAUAAUAAACCCACGUGUGGAGGUGUUUUACCUGUUUUUCUCUCUGUAGGAUUUCAUGGUGCUUAAAAAAAAAAAAGGCAUUUUACAGAAAAUAAUGUGGGGUGCGGGGGGAGGAGGGAAUUUCGUAAUGUUCUUAGGAAAAGUACAAGAGCAAAUUUGCUUGUAACGUUUCAGUGAGCUCUGCUGCUAUUGUCUUUAUUUGAUGACGAUGUAACUUUUUUUUUUCAAUGAUGCAGAAAAUUGCAACAAAGACCUUCUGGAAGAUCUGACCCAAUGUCUCUCCUGUUUUCCUUUCUUUUGUGGGGCCAAGCAUGGUUCACAGUGGCUGGGUGGGGAGCUACUCUCGCUUUUGGGGACAGGCUUCUUGCCUGGCUGAGAACCCACUUGUAUACAAGUGCAUCGGCAAGAGGCCAGAGCCCAUGGAGACCCGUUGUCUUGCAGGUGGAGGAGCCCGCUGUGUGUUUGAUGCAGAUUAUAAGCUCCUCAGGGCAGGAAUUUGGCCUUUCAUUUCCAUUUCCAGUGCUGAGCCCUGUGCUCCAUACAACAGAGACACUCAAAUUAUUGGUAGAGUAAUUUUAAUAGACGUAUUGAUAGCCCCAUUUUCAUCCUUUAAGGCAGAUUUAAUCUUUUCAAGACUUAGAAGUCAUUUGGAGCCAACAAUAAGCAAUUUAUCCCUCUCCUGAGGUAUCAUCUUGGUCGAAACCCAGUUUACUUACAGAGUAAUGAGUUUGAGCUGUUUUGUAUGAAGAACUCCAAAUUUUGCAGUGAUAGUUCUUGAACAUAACUAGACUCUAAAGGUGACUAUUCUGAAGGAGAGCUCUUUUUAUGUUUGGUGAUGGAAUUUUUGCUUUAAAACCCUUCUUAUUACUACAGAUGCAGUUUGACUGUGAAUCUAGGAAAUAAAGGAUUAUGCUUCGUGGGGAUGGCAAAUAUAUGGCGAAUAUAUGACAAAUGUGCUGACAUUCUUGGCUCCUGUGCCCAAAGCGGCUCUCUUUAUCACAGAGUUUCUUCCCUAUUAACCCAGGUGCAUUCUAGACUCUACUUUAAGACUAUACUCAAGGUUAAUAGUUUUCA